AUCCCAGCCCAGCAUUCAGAUUUCAGACAGAAGAGAAGAGUUCCGGUGAGCGGUAGGUGUUAGUAUUACACCUCAACAACUUUUUCCAUUCCAUUAUACUCUCAAUUUCUCUCUCGUCGCCAUUCCCACAGAUCUGAAACGCACAUCACACCCAUCCACGGGGUUCGCGCCUUUUCACUCUUCCUUACCCUAUUGGUUAAUCCUCCCAACACCCCGCACCUAUAAUCUAGCACCAAUCCCACCCUCCAUAACCGUUUUCGCGCGGAUCUAGAUUAAUCGAGCGAGGGUUUUGGUUUUGGUUUUGGUUAGUGUGGGAGUGAAUAAGGUUGGGGUUUGCGAUGGCUCCGACGACGAUCCGGAAGGCGAUUGGAGUGGUGAAGGACCAGACGAGCAUAGGGAUAGCCAAGGUGGCCAGCAACAUGGCGCCGGAGAUGGAGGUGGCCAUCGUGAAGGCCACCAGCCACGACGACGACCCCGCCAGCGACAAGUACGUGAGGGAGAUCUUGAAUCUCAUGUCUCACUCGCGCGGCUACGUCCACGCCUGCGUCACCGCGGUCUCCAAGCGUCUCGGCAAGACGCGCGACUGGAUCGUGGCGCUCAAGGCGCUCAUGCUCGUGCACAGGCUCAUGAACGAGGGUCCCCCGCUCUUCCAGGAGGAGAUCCUCUACGCCACCCGCAGGGGAACCAGGCUCCUCAAUAUGUCGGAUUUCAGAGACGAGGCUCACUCCAGCUCCUGGGAUCACUCCGCUUUUGUUAGGACUUAUGCUAUGUAUCUCGAUCAGAGGCUUGAGAUGAUGCUCUUUGAUAGAAAAAGUGCUGCUGCUGGAACUGCUGCUGCUGGUGCUGCUGCUGGUGGUAGUGUUGGUGGUGCUAGCGGUGGUGAUGACAGGUUUGGUGGAGGGGAUGAUAGGUUUGGGGGAAGGGACAAUUUCCGGUCGCCGCCGUACGAGUAUGGGGGUGGAGAGUUUAGAGAUGGAUAUGGGAAUGGGAUGAGGAGGACUAGGUCGUAUGGGGACAUGAGUGAAUCGGUGGGGAGAGGGGAGGAGAAGAGGGUUGUGAGUGUGACUCCGUUGAGGGAAAUGACGCCGGAGAGGAUUUUCGGCAAGAUGGGUCAUUUGCAGAGGUUGUUGGAUCGGUUUUUGGCUUGUAGGCCAACUGGGUUGGCUAAGAAUAGUAGGAUGGUUUUGAUUGCGUUGUAUCCUGUGGUCAAGGAGAGUUUUCAGUUGUAUGCUGAUAUAUGUGAGGUUUUGGCUGUGUUGCUUGACAAGUUCUUUGAUAUGGAGUAUCCUGAUUGUGUGAAGGCCUUUGAUGCUUAUGCUAGUGCUGCUAAGCAGAUUGAUGAGCUGGUAGCUUUUUACAAUUGGUGUAAGGAUACCGGUGUGGCGAGGUCCUCAGAGUAUCCUGAGGUUCAGAGGAUUACCAGUAAGUUGCUCGAGACUUUGGAGGAGUUUGUGAGGGAUAGGGCCAAGAGGCCGAAGAGUCCAGAGAGGCAAGAGGAGGCUCCACCGGUGGAGAAGGUGGAGGAGGAGCCAGUGCCAGAUAUGAAUGAGAUCAAGGCACUGCCUCCGCCAGAGAAUUAUACCCCGCCUCCUCCACCUGAACCUGAGCCUAAGCCGCAACCACAGGUUACAGAGGACUUGGUGAAUCUGAGAGAUGAUGCAGUCAGUGCGGAUGACCAGGGGAAUAGAUUGGCUUUGGCACUCUUUGCUGGUGCACCUGGUAAUAAUACAAAUGGAUCGUGGGAAGCCUUCCCGUCAAAUGGACAGCCAGAAGUGACUUCAGCCUGGCAAACCCCGGCUGCGGAGCCUGGGAAAGCUGAUUGGGAAUUGGCAUUGGUAGAAACUGCGAGCAACUUGUCAAAGCAGAAGGCAGCUUUAGGUGGUGGGUUUGAUCCGCUAUUGUUGACUGGUAUGUAUGAUCAAGGAAUGGUGAGGCAACAUGUCAGCACUACCCAACUGAGUGGAGGGAGUGCAAGCAGUGUGGCAUUGCCGGGACCAGGGAAGACUACAACCCCUGUUUUGGCUCUCCCUGCCCCAGAUGGAUCUGUGCAGCCGGUUAAUCAGGACCCGUUUGCUGCAUCAUUGAGCAUUCCACCACCAUCCUAUGUGCAAAUGGCAGAUAUGGAGAAGAAGCAGCAUUUGCUUGUGCAGGAGCAGCAGGUGUGGCAUCAGUAUGCAAGGGAUGGGAUGCAAGGCCAAUCUAGCUUGGCCAGACUGAAUGGCACUGGAUACUAUGCUGGAGGUCCUAUGCCCACGAUGCCUUAUGGAAUGCCCCCGGUCAAUGGAAUGGGACCUCCAACAGGGUAUUAUCACACUCCUUACUGAUACCCCUUUACCUUUUUUUUGUCACAUAUCUAUAGGUUGCUUCGUUUAUUUUUUACUAUGACAUAGUGUUUUCCUUUGUUUCAAAUGAUGUUCUCUUAUUCUUGAGAUCUGCACAUUAGUACUACGGGGAUGCUAUGGAGACUGAGUUGAAGAGACAAAUUCUUGUUGGGUUUUGAUGCUGGGACCUGGGAGAUGUGUUACUCAGUUGUGAUGUCUCUCUGUAUUUUGUAAUAGUAGCAAUUUCUUCUCCAUUUUGUAUUUCAAGUGAUUCUUGCUCCUUAAAAACAAACGAUUAACUACUGUAAAUUUUAUUAAAUGCUGGUGCUGAUGAUCUCGAUUGGUUAUACCAAAUGAUAUUUCCAUCUAAUGGGAACAGCCUUGAUUUCCUAUU